AUGCGGCGGGGCGCGCUCCUGGCCGGUGCCCUGGCUGUCUACGCCGGGUACCUGGCGCUAGGCGCGCUGCUGGUGGCUCAGCUGGAGCGGCCGCACGAAGCCCGGCUGCGGGCAGAGCUGGGGACGCUGCGGGAGCAGCUGCUGCGGCACAGCCCGUGCGUGGCGGCGGCCGCCCUGGACUCCUUCGUGGAGCGGGUGCUGGCGGCCGGACGGCUGGGACGCGCCGUGCUGGCCAACGCCUCGGGAGCAGCCAACGCUUCGGACCCCGCCUGGGACUUCGCCUCGGCGCUCUUCUUCGCCAGCACUCUGGUCACCACCGUGGGCUAUGGCUACACGACCCCACUGACAGACGCGGGCAAAGCCUUCUCUAUCGUCUUUGCGCUCCUGGGCGUGCCCAUCACCAUGCUACUUCUGACUGCGUCGGCCCAGCGCCUGUCACUGCUGCUCACCCGCGCACCCCUGUCCUGGCUGAGCUUGCAUUGGGGAUGGCACCCCCAGCGGGCAGCCCGCUGGCACCUAGUGGCCCUGCUGGUGGUCAUAGUGGCAGUCUUCUUCCUGGUGCCCGCUGCGGUCUUCGCCUACCUUGAGGAGGCCUGGAGCUUUCUGGAUGCUUUCUACUUCUGCUUCAUCUCUCUGUCCACCAUCGGCCUGGGGGAUUACGUGCCUGGGGAAGCCCCCGGCCAGCCUUACCGGGCCCUCUACAAGGUGCUUGUUACAGCAUACCUCUUCCUGGGCCUGGUUGCCAUGGUGCUGGUGUUGCAGACUUUCCACCAUGUGUCUGACCUCCAUGGCCUCACUGAACUCAUCUUGCUGCCCAAUCCGGACCCUGCCAGCCUCAGCCAGGAUGAGGACGACCAGGUGGACAUUCUGGACACCCAGACAGAUCUGCACCAGCACCUCUCGGCUGGCUCCCACGCUAACUACGCUUCCAUCUCCAGGUAGCUGGGAAGGUGCUCUCAGCCUGGACACACCUGGCCUGGGCUUUGGGCCCCACGUGACUAGAGUGGACCAACAGGAAUGCCCAUACACGCACUCCUGUCUUUCACAGCACUCCGCUGGGAGGUGAGGUGCUCUGUGCCCAUGUCCUCGGCUCCUCAGGGAACUACCACAGUCACUUUAGCCUCCUCCCCGCUUUUCUCUCAUUUCUUCUCAUACUCUGAGCUCUUGGGCUUUCUGACGUCAUUGGUGAGUGGUGGUUGAAUGCGUUUUGUGGUUGCUGUUUUCUCAUUCUCUUACCAAGUGUCAGUCACACCUCAGUUGCUGGUUCUUCUGGGCUCUAGGCCUGGACCUCACUCCAGUCACUGUCUUAGUGGCUGUGUCUUGGCCAAAUGAUUUCCCCAUUCUGAACCUUGAUAGCCUCAGCUGUCUGAUGCGAAGACUAUUUGAACUCAUCCACAGACCCUCUCUUCUGUCCUGCUCUUCUGUGCCAGGCACACAGUAUUGGAGUGGCGUGGGCCCUGUUCUUACGGGGCUCACUGGCCAGCGAGGUUGACUCACCUACUUGUCCCUGCACAGUGACCAGCCUCAAUAGGCACUGGAAGAGGCAGAGUAGUUAGGACUGAGGAACAGCCCUGAAGUGUCCAGGUGGGCUUCCUGGAAGAAGGGACAAGAACUAACCCCAGACCUGCCAGUCAAGAGAGAAGAUUGUCCCUUCUUCUCAGGUGUCUAUGGGUCAUAGUACCUGUAGGAAGAGCCCUGGGAUAGGCCAGCAUCUCCUUCAAUGGCUUAGCAGGCAAGGAACUAAUCGAGGAUAUGAGCCCAGAUCCAAGUAGCAUGAGAGAUGCCCCUUAGCAUAGCCCCGUGGACAUGCUGUGUUGUCUGCUCACUGGGCACUAACUGACGGCCCUGGAC